UGCAGAUCCAGGGUGCUGGCUUGCAGUGAACGUGACCUUAUUUUCUAUAUAUGCGAGUCGGCAACUUUUCUUGGAGGGUUGGAUUGAAUUUUGUUCAGUUUCCAUUGGAAGUCUUGUGAGACUGGGAGCGUCGGCGGCGGACGGACGGACGGACGGACGGACGGACGGCGGGGGCACCCCAAUUCGAAAGGACCAAAGCACCAGCGGUCGAACCUUGGGCAACCAGGUUCAAGGCCGGCAUGAGUGGUCUUGUCCGCCCCGCCCGAGGCGGACUGAGUGCCCAGAACAAAGUAACGAAACCCCAGUCCUCUUCGGCCGCAAGAAGACAGAACCAGAACCACCAGCAGCAGCUGCUUACCGCUGCCGUGCUUGAGCAACAGCACCAGACGAAUCAAGCCAACUCGGGUAUUCACCAUUCGCUAGGUGCACCCGGCGAAGACACAGAACACCUCCAGCUCCAUCAUCCCCAACUACAAAGCCAACACCAACACCACUUGGCCAUCCAUCACGAUCCGCUCGCCGGCGCAGGCUUGGAUGAUCCAAACUCCCAUGCACACGCACACGCACACGCACACCCCCAUGACUUACACGAAGACCACCACCAUUCCAUAGUAGACCUGGAUCUGCCCGAGACCGAUGACAACCACAAGCCUGACCAUACUACGCUACAUGACCCUUCCGUUGCAAAGGUCCCGACCGACGUCGACACUCAAAUAACCCAAACCAUGGACUUGAGCGGCGCCGAUGGAAGCCUGCUAGAUGGCAAUUCGAGCCUGCUGGACGAUGGCGGUGCUGCCUAUGAUUCCCCGCCCGCAGACAGCCCGCCAGACCACCAAUCCGUAGAUGCAGCAUCAGUGGCACAUCAUCAGCAUCACGCUAUUAGCAAUUUCGAUGCGCCGAUGCGCUCGACUGGGGACAUGGCACGUGUUUCAGGCUACAAUGACUACAAGAUAGAAUCUGCAUUAGCAAAGCGCCUAUAUAAGGAACCUGGUAUGCGUCUCGCUCAACAGCGGCGGCCGGAGCAAAUGUUGAACCUCCAAAGGCGCAGCAACGUCGAGGCCCUAUUUGCGCACAUAGCAGGGGCGGAAGCGGUGUCGCCGUGCAAGAACUGCAGAAAGGGUCACGGUCCUUGGCACAGUUGCGUUGUGGUUGAGGGGCAGAUGUGUGGUGCCUGCGCCAAUUGCUGGUUCAAUGCUUCCGGAGCCAGGUGCUCUUUUCACGAGACGCGGACCGGCCAAGGAACUUCUAGCUCUCUACAUACCACACAACAGCACCCCGGCAGUCACUCAAUGCAAACGCCCAGUGCACCUUCACCUCACGACACAUAUGGAGUCGGUUCUCCAUUGAACCUAGCGCCUCAAUCACAUAACGGCCUUCCCAGCACGAUGAACUUCAACUCGUCAGCCAUGAAUGGAAACAUGAAUCAUAGCGGCGGUACCACCCAGGAUGCAGCCGUGCGCCUUAACCUCGAGCGCUCGCUGCAGGAGCUCCGCAACGCGGACAGAAAGCAGCGCCAACUGCUCAAGAUCGAGCUGACCACCAAACAGCUGGCUCUGCAGAUCGUCGAGUAUGAGGACAUGAUUGCGCAUGAAGGUCGUCAGAACCAGCACGACGCUGCCGCCACGGCCACCACGGGUUUGGUAACGCCCACCAAAACCCCGCAACGACGUCGGGGUCAAACCGGUACCCCCGCCGCUGCAGCCUCAACAGUCGAGGGCGCUUCCCGUAAGGUGCGCCCGCGGCCAAGCCGCCAGAAGAAGCAGAAGAAUCAGCAGGACGAUUCCUCCGCUUGCGACCCGUUGCUAUUUCAGAGCAGCCACCAAGAUGUUGAUCAGCAGCAGCACGAGGUCACUUUGAACUUUUACCAGCCAUUGACCCCUCAGAGCAACGACCCGUACUUGGAUCAGCAGGAGGAGGCCGCUUUCGACUUUUGCGAGGUGAUCACGUUUCCCAACAGCGGAUACCUCGAUCCCGAAUUGGCCUUGUGCUGA